GUCGAGAGUUACGCAAAUAAUCCAAGAUGGCGGUGUGCUUGAUUUUGUUAUUGCGGUUAUGACACGAUACUUUCGUUUUGUGAGACGUCUCCGUGUGUAGUUGGAUAGUGAUCAAGACAUGCCAGUGAGUUAGCAGUAUAAAUAACUUUAAAGCUUAUUUAGUAAAUAGUUUCGCUUAUGAAAGUCAAUCCACACCCUACCGUUGCAGCUAACGGCGUUAUCUUUGUAGCUCCUCGACAGACAGGAUGCUGACUUUGCGACAGAAACUCUUAUUUCUGCCCGGUCAGACCAGUUACUUGUGGAUUUGCAGUGACACUUUCUGGACGAACAAAGAAGAAGAGGCUUCGUUGAAUCCUGGUCCAAAGAAUGAGAAAGAGCGUCUACAAAAAGUGCAGGAGUACUUGCAAUUGUUCGAUCACCAAGACACUUCUCUUCGUCGUGGCAAGUGGACAGAGCUCGAGGACAUGAUUUACAGGGCACACAAAACAGCAGUAAAGAGUUCUCAAACAUCUUACACAGAUCCUGGUACAGGUUUCAAAGUAUUCACUGGUCUCUUCCACUACCUGAGGGGUUACUGCUGUGGUUGUGGGUGUAGACAUUGCCCCUAUCAGCACGUGAAUGCCAAAGACGAAGUGAGAGAGAAGAUGGUGUUCAACUCUGCCUUCUAUGUUCCAAGAGUGAAGAAACUAUCGGAAGAAUGAAAGUAGAAAAUCAAUUUUGCUGCAUUCUGUUGAGUUUCUAAACUUUUUAUGGAGAAAUACUUUACGAUUUUCGAAGCAUGCGCUCCCCAUUCGUAUCUUCUCUAAAAGCUGCUUGUGAAAACUUGUGCCUUUGCAUGGGGUUCCACUGCAUUAGCAUACAUGCACAGAAAUUUUAAUUCGAAGGUACAGCUAGCCUUAUGCUGUGUGACUUGAGCCAUUCAAAACAUUCAGUGCCACAAAACAAAUACAUAGAACCUUGCCUUUAUUUGCCAACGAAUGUUUUAUUUGAAUCGACACACUUUUACAAUGUUAAGACUAUGCCCGUUUGACACAAUGUACAGAAUGUUUUUCUUGUAUAUGCAUUUCUGAUAAACUACAUGUCAUAUAUACACAUUGCAUGUAUAAAGUAGUAGGCAUAUCAAAUGUAAAAACUACUUUGUACAGCUUUUGUUUGGUUAAUUAAAUGAAAGGUGAGGUCCAGCCCCAUCUAGGUGAGUAUAACAUCAGUAAGUAAACUAGCAUGACAGGUGUAUAGGACCAGGGUGUCAGUUAAUAAAGAUUAGUAGAAAAUGAUUUCCAAGUGCUCUUAGAACAAACCAGGAACACUGAAUCACUUUCCUGGUAGUGUUGAAAGUAAGCUAUAUGCCCCAUGCACAUGAUGUCCAAAGAGUAUCAAAGCAACCAAGCUUGUACGCCUAAAAUGUACUAGUUGCCUGUAGUACCAGACUACACUCAAAACUUAUUACUUUAGCUAAUUUGAAGAUAUAGCUGCACCCAUGUGCGGGAGCUCCCGUGCAAGUUUGCCAAUUUCAAUCCCUCUUUACUGUCUUCAUUUGGCUUCAAUAAAGCUGUUGUCAAUAAUGGGGUCUGAUGAAGCUAACCUGAAAUUGGAGCAGUACUUGGAAUGCAUGCUAACAAAUAGCUGUCCAGCAGUUCAGUAUAAUUUGCAUUAUGGUCCACAUAGCUCUGACAAAAAAGUGUCUAUGUUCUGUUCAUUAUAUACCAAGGUUGCAAUCUACCUGGUGAAGACGGUAGAUUGUACAAUGUUGCUAACUAGACAUUUGCAAGUGCUUGAUGUUUACACUGGUAGGGCUAUUCUUAAUCAUUCUGGUUCAUUGUUCCUUUUGGCUAGCGCUCUGUUCACUGAGAUUAGUUUGCACAAAUAAUAAUAAUCUUUACAUAUAAGGAAUGACUUUGUUACACUGAUUAAAAUUCAUACAUGAUUGAUCGAUGAGUGUGCUUAUAUGCAGUAAUGAAACAGGAGACAGCACAUACCUUUCAAGCAUUACUAAACAUUUUUGUAUAUUGAUAACUAUUCUAUUCGGAUGGGAGUGCACAUAUGUAAAAUAGGUGCCAAUGUAGAAAGAUCCCAUCUAUUGAUGCCUGAAUGUUGAGCAUGUUGGUUAACAGGUACAUAAACUAAAGAAAUAUAUGGUUAAUGUCCGUAUAUUGUUUUGCUUCUGCAGGUCGUGUCACAUGGGAUGACGUUUCUUUAACAUUGAAUUGGAUUCCCAAACUUUUACAGUGCAGUGUGCCAUGAAUGUUACUACAGGUUUUGGGCUGGAGUUUUAGGUUAUUCUGUAUCCAAGGUAUCUAGUAGACCUUACAUUGUACAUGCGCUCGUGAAAGCUGUCAUUGGAAAAACGCAUUAUGUUCUUGAUGCGCUAGAGUGAGUAGCCAUGUUUGCCAAAAACUUGGCAAAGUUUGAACGAAGUCCUGAACACUAAAGAUGACUUUUAGAA